CUCUGAGGACCUCUGUAAACGCGCGAGAGAGACAAGGAAACAGCGAGAGAGAUGGAGAGCAGGAAGGGAGCAGAAGCAGGACCAUCGAAAGGUGGUGUCUUUGGUGAUGAGAACGAAGAAACGAAGCGGACUGAGGAACCCCAUGAUCAUGAAAUCGAUGUUGAUGAGGAGGAGAGUGACGAUGAUGAUGAUGUUGCUGCUGCUGGAUUUGUUCCUGGGCCUCUGCUUUCUCUCAAAGAGCAGAUUGAGAAAGACAAGGAAGAUGACAGCUUAAGGAGGUGGAAAGAGAAGCUACUUGGUUGCUUAGAAGGCGAUUUGAAUGAACAAAUGGAACCUGAGGUCAAGUUCCACAGCAUAAGCAUUAUUUCCGACGACUUUGGUGAAAUUAUUACUCCGUUGCCUAUAAAUGAAAAUCAGAGCGGUAGUGUCCUUUUUACCCUCAGGGAGGGAUCUCGGUAUCAGCUCAAGCUGACAUUCAGCGUUCUCCACAACAUUGUUUCUGGCUUGACCUACUCCAACUCUGUAUGGAAGGGGGGACUCCAAGUUGACCAAAGCAAAGGAAUGCUGGGCACUUUUGCACCUCAGAGGGAACGAUAUGUGCAUUUGUUGGAAGAGGAGACAACUCCCUCUGGCGCUCUGGCAAGGGGAAAUUAUUCAGCGAGGCUUAAGUUUGAAGAUGAUGACAAACGAUGUCAUAUAGAGCUUCGAUACUCCUUUGAGAUAAAAAAGGGGAGAUAGCCAAGUGAAAUCAGAGUACUUAUCAUUGCCAUAUUCAUUUUUCAUUUUCCUCCAUUGUUCUGCAAACCAUGUCCUGAGGCCAUUUUGUUGACAAGACUGCUCUUGGCUUUGAUAUAAACUUCAACUUGUUUACUCUGAAUCAGUCUUUUAUGGCUCAAAUUGCAAUGGGCAGAUUGAUAA